AUGGAACAGAAACAAAAGUCCACCAAAAAAUUUUUAAACAAAAUUUUCCAUCCAAGUGGAAAUAAGAAAAACUCAUCGACAGUUUCACCUCAUGAGAAUGAGUUUGCUCCUUCUUUUGUUGCUUUGGAUCUAUCCAACCAUGGUUCAUAUCCACAACGUCCUUCUCUCAAUUCUGCAAAAAGUUCAACCAAUUCAAACAAUUCAAACGAACCUUUUCACUAUGAAAGACCAGGUUCAGUUCAUAGACGUUACUCUUUUUCCAACGUUCAUGAAAAUGGAAGGCAAAAGUUAUUAGCUGCAAAAAGAAAAGAAUAUCAAGAAAAAAUGGAAGCAUUUGACGAUCUCAUUCAGAGAAGACGCGGUGUUACUUUGACUAAUGUGUUGAAUUCUGAAGCAUUGAGUCGUUAA